AUGCAAUCAUAUAAAGAGGCUUUAUAACUGUUCUAAAAGAAUUCAAUGAAUCUGCCAAUGAAGGAACACGAGGAUAAAUUAAAUAUUAUGUUAGAAUACAUACUACAUGAAUUGGAAAGAGAUAAAAAAGAAUUGCAAAUUUUGAGAUAAGAAAUCAUUCAUGAAUCAUACUUACAAUCAUCUAUAAAUGAUGACACCUCAACUGGUUUCAUUGAAGAAUUAGCAGACUUUACUAGAAAUUUUAGGAAGUUGGCUGAAGAGUCAAACAACGAGACAAAUGAAUUAAGCAAUUAAAUGGAAGUAUUAAAAAAUGAAAAAGCAAGACUCAGAAAAUUAACUAACUUAUUGGGUCACAGAACUUUUGAAAUGGAAAAACUCUUAGGAGUAGGCUUGAAUCAAGCAAAUUCCUAAGAAUCCAACAACUGA